AUGGUGAAAGUUGAUCGGAAGAAAAUACUGCUUCCUAUCACUAGGGACUACACAAUCCACAUUCACAAAGCUGUGCACCGGGUGACCUUUAAAAGGAAGGCACCAACAGCCAUUAAGAAGAUCAAGCAGUUCGCCAGUAAAGUGAUGAAGACCAAAGACGUUAGGAUUGACACUAAGCUAAAUAAGUUUAUAUGGUCCAACGGGAUCAAAAAUUUACCCAAGCGGGUCAGAGUUAGGAUUUCUAGACAGAGGAAUGAUGAUGAAGAUGCCAAGGAAAAGAUGUAUGCUUUGGUCCAGCAUAUACCAGUUGAAUCAUUCGAAGGAUUACAGACUGAGAUCGUUGCUGAAGAAUGA